UUGUCUUCUUUAAUGAAGACUCGAUUAAUAUAUUUCUAAAAAUUCAAAUUGAAGAAAUUCUAGAAUACUUUUUAAAAUUUAUUACAAAAUGUAGUUCCCUCUGAUUCUUUAGUCACUUAGAUUCUUUCACAACAACUGAAACAGUCAGGUCUUUAACAGGCGUUACACAUAAAUAAACCAAAAAAAAAAAUAAAAAAUAAAAUAAUAAAAAGAAGACGACAUUAUGAAGAUAAACGAGGAGGUGAUAUUUACGGAUCAGCUUUUGCACCACCGAUCUGUCGGCAGCCAAAUCGAGGAGACCCGUCGAUCUUGGGAAGAGCGGUGCUCCUGGUUUCCGGCUGCUCAAAGGGAAUUGUACGGGCGGUAUUCCCAGAUUUACAAGGAGUGUCUAAGGACGUACGGCAACGAUCACUUCGAGUACUAUGCGAAUAGAAAUCGGCUGAGGGAGGAGUAUAGAGUCAAUACCAAUUCGUACAGAGAUCGACAGGCACGGGACUCACAAAUAUCCAUGGAUCAUAUAAAUUUCUAUAAGGCAUCCAAGACUUCCAACUCGGAAUAUGGUAGUGUUCGGCCAAUGCACCUCUUCAAAGUAUUUUAGAUCCUUUAAUGGCAGACAAGAUUUAGGACGGGUGUACACUACGCAAUUUAUUAAAAAAGAAAAAUUUAGUAUAUUUAAUUCAUAAUUGUGCAGUGUAAACCUGGCCUAAAUUAUUUCCACGACUUGAUGAUCUCCCAUAAUUAAAGCUAUUUAUAACAAAGUAUUUCGUCUUCUACACUUUAAUGUUCUUACAAAAUAUUAUUUGGCGAAAAAAUCAAACUGUUCCAGAAUUAAAUUGCACGAAAUGAUUUGAUUGCUCCCAUAUUUGUAUUUUUUGAAAAUGGUCUAUUAGAUUUUUAAGCCGUUUAUUAAGGGCUAGUUUUUAAAUCUUUCUGAAAUAAGAAUUGCCAAAUUGUUGUUACAUUUAAGCAACUUUCCGAGCUGAGUCAUUCCUUCAAAGUGGUAACAAAUUCUCCCCUUGAGAGAUUAGUCAUAUGCAUGAUACUAAUCCUUUGGUGUAUGCUAAUUUGGUUUAAACUGAGUCAGAGUUCCCUGAGGUCUGAUACCGCCUAUAAGGGGGUAUCGGGCAGUUUAUGGUCAAAGAAAAAAUGUGGAAAUUGUCGGAGACAUGCAAAAGGCGAAAAUGCGCAACAAACCGCAUUAGAAUGCAUUCAAGUCCAAACAAAGUUAGCAACGAGCAAACAAAAGGCCAAAAGCAGUACAUGACUCACGAGAGGACUGAGGGUAGGGGGGGUUCAUAUAUCGCAUGUCGACCGGGUUCACCUGGGCGUGAGAAAUGCAAUCCAACGGCUCAUUUGCAUACAAAGCCGUUCGAUUGUGGGCCAAAGGCUGCAAGGCGAUGGCUACAAAUGGCCAGCAAACAGCUGCAGGUCUUGCCCAAAUUUAUCUUGGCCAUCUCAGCUUGGCAUUGAUCGACUGGCAGGGGGAAAAACCCUUCAAACUUAGCCAAAAUGAAUGUUUCUUGUACAUAGCCAGCAACGUUUGAACUCAAAUUUACUUAGGAUCUAAGCAGGAAAAAUCCUCGGCAACUCUCCAAGCAUAACCUACAUUUAAAUCUAAGUAAAUCUUGUGCGUGUUGUAAAUUUAAAAAUAAAAAAUGAAAACAUAACUAAACCAGAAACCAAACCAACAAGUGGCUGCAAAAAAAACUUCCUUGUUGGUUUUAUCUAAGUCAAAGAACUAAACCUUCCUUCAUUAACCUUCAUCAAUGUUAACAUUUCAGUUUAGCAUUUAUUUGUAAGUAUUAUAAAAUCAAAUGUUUGACAAAAAGAAUAAAAAACAAGUUAGUUUGUAAA